AUGCUGCCAAGAGGGGAGCCCAAUCCAUCUGCAGUCCUGCCUGGCGGCCAGUGGUUCGCCUUGCAUCUCUUCACUCGCUUGCUGGGCUCCAUUGAUUGGCAUUGCUCCACCGCCGACGCAGGAAGGAAGGACCCCCCCGACGCGAUGGACCCGUUCACGGAGCUGCGCAAGCACGCGGGCGGCGCGCACCCGCAGAAGGCCAAGCUGAAUGUGGUGCUGGCCGCCAUCUGCGACGUCAUCUACGAGCGCCGUGGCAGCGGCGACCGCUCGUCGCCCAUCUCGCCCACCGAGUACUUCGCCGCGCUCAUGACGGCGCUGGACGCCGCCUCGGACUCGCACCGGCAGGAGGUCGCGCAGCUGCUGUCCAUGGUGCUGCCGGACGUGCCGGACGCCGUGCUGCGCGGCAAGUUCGCGGCCGUGGCCAAGUGCCUCACCACCGUGCUGCAGGAGGCCGGAGACGACGCCGCGCUGCUGCGCUCGGCCAGCGCGUGUCUGGCGCUGGCGCUCAUGGCGCAGGAGCCGUCGGCCACGGCCUGGGCGCGCCCCGAGCUGCUGCGCAGCUUCCAGUUGCUGCUGACGCUCGCCAUGGACACGCGCCCCAAGGUGCGCAAGGCCGGCCACAAGUGGACCAUGGACAUCCUGGAGCUCCACACCGCCAAGGGCUGCGACGCCCUCUCCACACACAUCGCCAGCUUUGCCGAGAACGUCUUCGCCAGCUCGGGCAAGGACGGCAAGGACGACCAGCGCCUGGUGCUGCUCGUCGCCUUUCUCAAGCUGGCGCUGCCGCUGCUGCAACGCAAGGUCGUGGCCUCGCUCGUUUCGGCCCUCGCCAAGUUCCUGGAUGCCAACUCCAAGACGCUGCGUCUUGUCACGUACGAGGCGCUGGACGCGCUGAGCGCUGCGCCCGAGUCGCAGCUGACGGCGGACGCGCUUCGCAAGCUGGUGAUCGCUGUGCUGGACGCUCAAAGCAGUGGAUCUCUGGAGGCCCAGGGCGGACCCGUCGCCAUCUACGCUGUUCGCAUUCCCUCUCAGUCUCUCGUGCGUCUUGCCGCUGUUAACACCGAGGCGGCUCGCGAGCUGCUGCCUCGUGUGGUGAGCGCUAUCUGCUCCCACAUUUCCACUGAGAACGACCGCACCCAGCGUCAGGCUACUCGCUCGCUGCUGGAUGUCCUGAAGGCUACGCUGACCCCCGAAGUUUUGGAGACGGAAGGCACGUUCGAGGACGUCGCCCGCGUGCUCGCCUCGCUGCAGAGUCUCACAUCGCUGCGCUUCCAGAGCGCUUGGAACCACGUCUUCCCCCUGAUCGCUGAGCUUUUCCGCUUCUACGGAGCCGCCAGUCGCCCCGCGCUAGAGCCCAUUCUCGUUACGUGCUGCGAGCUGCACGAGGCCGCCGACCAGCUUCCGCAGCAGCAGCAGGGAGGUAAGAGCGCCAAGGCCCUUUCGGACCUGUUCGCUCUUGCUGCGGGUGCUGCCGUUGAGGCUCUGGGCCCGCGUGCCUUCCUCGAGAUUGUUCCUAUUGACCACCCCACCGAGGUUGUGAGCGAGCAGCGUGCCUGGCUGCUGCCUGUUUUCCGUGAUGCGCUGCGCGCUGCCCAGCGCGGCGGUGAGCUUGCUUUCUUCGCGGACGUCGUGCUGCCCAUGGCUCGUGCUUGCGAGGCUGGUGCGCGUGAGCCGAGUGUCACCCCGUUGCAGGCCAAGAAGCUACAGACCCGCGCUAUCCAGCUCUGGUCGCUUUUCCCGAGUGUGUGUGCCCGUGCCGUGGACAUCGUCACCCACUUCAAGAAGAUCGCCAAGGUUCUCGCGAGCGCGAUGGCUGACAAGCGCUAUCCUGAGCUGCGCCUUGCCGUCUGCCAGGGUCUCCAGGCUCUCGUGAAGCGCACGCGUGCGCUGCAGAAGUCGGUUGCUCGCCGUUACCACCGCGAGAAUGACGACGCCGAGCUUGAAGAUGCUGAGGAGGAGGCUGAAGAGGAGGAAGAUGAAAUGGAGCAACUGGACGAGGCGAAGCUGGCGCGUGACCGUGCUGCUCUGGCCAAGUUUUCGGGUCGCUACGUGCCGCUGCUGCUGUCGUUCGUGGAGGAACUGGACCCGGAGAAGGACACUGAACGUGCUCAGGUGCUGCUGGAUACGCUGGAGGGCUUUGCGUCGCUUGCUGAAGCCGAGCUAAUCGGCACGACUUUCAAGAAGGUGAUGCAGAAGCUGCUUGAGGCGACGACGGAGGCUAAGAAGGUUGAGGCCGAAGGUGCUGGCAGUCAUUCCAAGCGCGCGACCAAGCUCCGACAGACGUCCCAUGCUCAGAUGGCUCUUGCAUUGGCCCUCUUGGCUCACGUGGACGACUCGAAUGUGGCGCUGCUGUACCGUGUGAUCAAGCCCUACUUGCUCGACGAUGCCGAUGCUGCGAUGCAGAAGCGCUCGUACGCCGCUUUGGUGGCCAUUUGCGACUCGCACCCUAAGUUUUUGUCCGAGGAGUCCCAGCUGCAGGACCUGACCCGUGCUAUCUGCGAGUCGCUUCUCACUUGCUCGGUUCCGGCCAAGAAAAUGCGUCUGCGUGUGCUCGCCCACCUGAUCCGCGCGCUGCAGGCUCAGCCUGCUACCGAUGGUCUGGCCGAGAAGGAACUUGUUCCUAACCUCGUGGGUGAGAUUAUGCUUUGUACUAAGGAGGCUAACGGCAAGGCUCGCGAGGCCGCGUUCGAGUUGCUGGUGGCUAUGGUUAUGCUGCUCCGCGCGCGCGACCCGCAAAACGGAUUGAUGGAGUUCAUUCAGAUGGUCCUCGGUGGUCUGGCUGCUCGCACACCUCACAUGCGUAGCGCUGCCGUCAUUUGCCUGAGUCGUCUGGUAUUCGAGUUCGGUCGUGAGGACCCUUCCAUUGCUCAGGCCAUGCCGGCGCUGCUCAAGACCGUUCUCAUGCUGCUGCACGAGAAGGCGCGCGAGGUGAUCAAGAGCGUCAUCGGCUUCAUGAAGCUGGGUAUUGCUGUCCUGCCUAAGGAGCAGCUGGAGCAGUUCCUCCCCGACAUCAUUAAUGGUCUGCUGGUGUGGAUCGGUGAGAGCAAGAACCGUUUCCGCGCAAAGACCCGUAUUAUCCUUAUCAAGUUGUGCCGCAAGUUCGGCUACGAGCACGUCGCUGCUCUCGUGCCCGAGGAGGACCGUGCGCUGAUUCGCCACAUUAAGAAGACCAAGGAGCGCGAGGACAAGAAGAAGUCGGAGCUGGCGGCUGAGGCUGCGGAGCGCCGUGCUGCCAAGAAGAACCGUGACGCGUUCGAGGAGUUCAUGGCUGACUCGGACGACGAAGGUGACGACGAUGAGGCGGCGGUCAUGCAGGUGUUGAAGCGCAAGAAGGAUCUGCACAAGAAGAACAAGGGUGGCAAGGUCAUCCGCGAGGACGAAGACGACAUCAUGGAUUUCCUGGACGACAACGCUGCGGUCAAGAACAUUUUCUCGGCGCAGAAGGGUGGCCACGAUGACGAUGAGAGCGAUGACGAGUUCCAGAUGACCAAGGAUGGCCGCAUGAUCAUUCCUGGCGGUGAGGACGACGACAUGGAGGGCGGAAGCGACAGUGACGACGAGGACAAGAUCAAGCAGGAUGUCGCCUCGCAGCUGCAGCGUAUGGGGCUGCACAACAACAGCAAAAACGACAAGAACGGCCGGGCGAAGCGCAAACGCGGUGACGAGGAUGUCAGCAGCGGACGUGAGUACCGUGCGAAGAAGGCCAGCGGUGACAUCAAGAAGAAGGGCAAGCUGGAGCCGUACGCUUACAUUCCUUUGGACCCCAAGCUUAUGGCCAAGCGCAACAAGCGCGAGGCUGUGACUCGCUAUGGCAACGUUGGAAAGAGGCGGGGCAAGAAAUAAGCCUCGUCACUAGCAAGGCGUAGGUACUGUAGACAUCAUACAGCUAGACCCGAGAGCAGGGUGCGUGACUGAAUAUCC